AUGGAGCCCGGCAAUUUUGCCACUUUGGACGGGGCCAAGGAUAUCGAAGGCUUGCUGGGAGCAGGAGGGAGUCGGAAUCUAGUCUCCCACUCCCCACUGACCAGCCACCCUGCGGCGGCGCCUACGCUUAUGCCAGCGGUCAACUAUCCCUCCCUGGAUCUGCCAGGCUCUGCGGAACCGCCAAAGCAGUGCCACCCAUGUCCCGGGGUGCCCCAGGGGGCGUCCCCAGCUCCAGUGCCUUAUGGCUACUUUGGAGGCGGGUACUAUUCCUGCCGAGUGUCCCGGAGCUCUCUGAAACCCUGUGCCCAGGCAGCCACUCUGGCCGCGUACCCCGCGGAGACUCCAGCGGCCGGGGAGGAGUACCCCAGCCGCCACACCGAAUUUGCCUUCUAUCCGGGGUACCCGGGACCCUACCAGCCUAUGGCCAGUUACUUAGACGUGUCAGUGGUGCAGACGCUGGGUGCCCCAGGAGAGCCUCGCCACGACACCCUGCUGCCUGUGGACAGUUACCAGCCCUGGGCCCUCACCGGUGGCUGGAACAGCCAGAUGUGUUGCCAGGGAGAACAGAAUCCACCGGGCUCCUUCUGGAAGGCAGCAUUUGCAGACUCAAGCGCUCAGCACCCUCCAGAAGGCUGUACCUUCCACCGAGGCCGCAAGAAACGCAUUCCCUACAGCAAGGGGCAGUUGCGGGAGCUUGAGCGAGAGUAUUCAGCCAAUAAGUUCAUCACCAAGGACAAGAGGCGCAAGAUCUCGGCAGCCACCAGCCUCUCAGAGCGCCAGAUCACCAUCUGGUUUCAGAAUCGCAGGGUCAAAGAGAAAAAGGUCCUUGCCAAGGUCAAGACCAGUGCUACUCAGUGA